AAUCACAAUGCACCCAUUACGCGAGCGUGACUGCGACGAGCUGCUGCAGAACCCCCUGCUUCGCACGCCGCCGCCAGAGCCCGAGCGUCCCAAGCCACCACGCGUGCGCAAGCCGAGAGUCUUCAAACUCCCUCCAAGAUUUCCUCUGUUGUCUAUAGAAUUCUACUCAAAAUGGUGCAACCAUCAAAAAGAGUUGCAAAUGGCGAAACACAAAGUGGACGACAGCUCACCGGAGCUAUUCCCGGAACUGUACCUGAAGCCACGUCGGCUUGACUACUACGCGCGCCAACUCGAGCAGAACAUGAUCGUCAAUAAAGAAAUUAUCAAGAAGAUUAAUCUCAUACAGCGAACUGGGGGCUUCGUGGACUGUUGGCUGAAGCCGCCUCCCUCCGACAACUAUAACCGGCUGCUGUGCAAACAGCGCCAACGCGUGCUCGACCGCAUCCGAAAAGACAACUUAUACCUGUACUCCCGGCUACUUAUCGCGAGAUCUGAACAGCUGCUAACAAAGGAAUUAGAUUUAGCCUGGAUAGACACAAAACACAAACUCAUUUUAGGGGCAUCAUUACCGUUCAUAUUAUUUAAAACAGAAAAGAUUGACCGAGGCAUUAAGGAUCCGGCAUUCGACAAGCCAUCGUAUGUCAACAGAACCAAAGUUGCAAUGGAAAUUUGGGUCCGCGGCGGUUCUAAAAUGGGAAAAGUGAUCAUAGAACUGUUCACGGACCUGAUGCCGAAGACUUGUCAGUUGUUCCUCAACCUGGUAAAGGGUGACAGCAAAGGACACGCAUACACGGGCUGUAGAUUUUUUACGAUCGUGCCAGAUCUGUACUGCAGGGGAGGCGACGUCGUCAAAGAUAACGGCUUCGGUUUCUACCACGCGGAGGCGAAACAAGCUUUCGAGACCCCGGAAAGUUUCCUACUCAAACACACAGUACCCGGUGUAUUGUCUAUGGUUGUAACGUCAGAUAAUGAAGUCUCGGGACAAUUUAAUAUCAUAUUCAAACCUUUGCCGCAGUUCGAUAACAAACACGUCGUCUUUGGAAGAAUAGUAUCAGGCCCUACGCAGACGUUGGAGCGCAUAAGCGCGCUAGGGCUGCCGCUGGGUACGACCAGCUCCGACUGCAUCAUCCGCACCUGCGGCUGGUUCCGGCGCAACGGACAGUACAAAGAGGGCAGCCCUAACACCAUCAAGUUCCCACCCAGAAGGAAGAAAGCUUAG